ACAACCUCAUAUUCAGAAGUGAUCGAGCAGUUGCAUAUGCAUUUUGUGCUUGUCUCCCACCUUUCAGGACUCUGCCUUCCCUCUUUUCCCAUCAUUCAACACUCAUAAAUGGAGUAUGCUAAUUUGCGACGCCAAGCAGCAUCCUUGAAAAGAAGCCUCUUUGAUCAGGGGUAUUUGGAUGAGCAAUUUUGUCAGGUCGAGGACUUGCAGGAUGAAGCUAGUCCUAAUUUUGCAGAAGAAGUGGUUUCCUUGUUCUUUAAGGAUUCGGCGAGACUAGUGGCAAAUAUUGAGCAAGCUAUGGAGAAGUAUCCGGGAGAUUUCAAUAGAUGGGAUGCACACAUGCAGCAACUAAAAGGAAGCUGUUUUAGCAUUGGCGCUUCUAAGAUGAACAAUGAGUGCACAUCAUUCAGGAAUAGCUGCGGACAAGAAAAUGCUGAAGGCUGCAGGAAAUCUUUCCAGAAAGUGAAGAGGGAGCAUGCUAUCCUUAGGCAGAAGCUGGAGUCGUACUUCCAGCUUCUGCGACAAGCCGGUCCUGCCAGGACUGCAACCAAGUCUGGAGGCAAGUAAGCAGCUGCCCCCCUUGGCACUCGUACAAGCAGGUGUACCAGUAUUGGGAUGCGGUGAAUAAAAGACCCAUGACAGGAGGCAUGCUUGGUGAUGCUGUGGGUGCAAGUUAAUGCCUACAAGAUACUAUCAUAUAAUCUUCAUUUAAAGAAAAGAUAUUAUAUAAUCAAGGGUGACCUAUUGGUGUCCUGUGGUGAUAAUAAAUAGCCUGAUAUUGUGUUGUGUCA